UCUCUUUUCUUUAAUACUAAAACCCUUUACUCUCUUUUCACUCUCUUUACUCUUUCCUCUUUCAAUCACACGAUCCCCAAAAAAAUUAGAAGACGGAAAAAUUAAAUAAAAAUACACAAUCUCAACAAUUUUCCACUUUACUGUUCUCACUCUUUUCUCUCCCCUUUUCCCCUCUGAUGAGACGCCGUCGUUUCGAUUUCUGAGCUAGGGUUUUUGGAAUUUGGGGGAUGUUUGUAUGGAUCUGGGGUUGUUGAUGAGUUAGCUCGAGAGGGGUGGCCUGGGUAGUGGUGAUGGAGGGGGAGGUGGUCGUGGUGUUCACUCUGCUUCUGCUCUGCUUGCUUCAUCCAUUCUCUUUCAUCUCUGCUAACAUGGAAGGUGAUGCUUUGCAUACACUGAGGACCAACUUGGAGGACCCAAACAAUGUCCUACAGAGUUGGGAUCCGACCCUUGUCAACCCCUGCACAUGGUUUCAUGUUACCUGCAAUAGUGAUAAUAGUGUUAUAAGAGUUGAUCUUGGAAAUGCGGCUUUGUCGGGUCAACUGGUACCACAGCUUGGCCUCCUUAAGAAUUUGCAGUACUUGGAGCUCUACAGUAAUAACAUAAGUGGACCGAUUCCUAGUGACCUUGGGAAUCUAACUAGCUUGGUGAGCUUGGAUCUUUAUUUGAACAGUUUUACUGGUCCCAUCCCGGAGACGUUGGGCAAGCUAUCAAAGUUGCGCUUCCUCCGGCUUAACAACAACAGCCUGACGGGUACUAUUCCUAUGUCAUUGACUAAUAUCACAGCUCUGCAAGUAUUGGAUCUAUCAAACAACCGCCUCUCAGGAGUGGUUCCAGACAAUGGCUCUUUUUCAUUAUUUACCCCCAUCAGUUUUGCUAAUAACCUGGAUUUAUGUGGCCCGGUUACUGGGCACCCAUGCCCUGGAUCUCCCCCAUUUUCUCCUCCUCCCCCAUUUGUCCCACCACCACCAAUUUCUUCACAAGGAGGGAACAGUGCCACAGGAGCAAUUGCUGGAGGUGUGGCUGCUGGUGCUGCUUUACUAUUUGCUGCUCCUGCAAUUGGUUUUGCAUGGUGGCGCCGAAGGAAACCACAAGAAUAUUUCUUUGAUGUACCUGCUGAAGAGGACCCAGAGGUUCAUCUGGGGCAGCUUAAAAGGUUUUCACUGCGAGAAUUACAAGUUGCAACAGAUAGUUUUAGCAACAAGAACAUUCUGGGUAGAGGUGGAUUUGGUAAGGUGUACAAAGGACGCUUAGCGGAUGGUUCUCUUGUGGCUGUGAAAAGAUUGAAAGAAGAGCGUACACCAGGUGGUGAGCUGCAGUUUCAAACAGAGGUAGAGAUGAUAAGCAUGGCUGUGCAUCGGAAUCUCCUCCGUCUUCGUGGUUUUUGCAUGACACCUACUGAACGGCUGCUUGUUUAUCCGUAUAUGGCUAAUGGAAGCGUUGCAUCAUGUUUAAGAGAACGCCCGGCAGCUGAACCACCACUUGAUUGGCCAACAAGGAAGCGAAUUGCGUUGGGAUCUGCAAGAGGGCUUUCUUAUUUGCAUGAUCAUUGUGACCCAAAGAUUAUUCACCGUGAUGUGAAAGCUGCAAAUAUUUUGUUGGAUGAGGAAUUUGAGGCUGUUGUUGGAGACUUUGGGUUAGCUAAGCUUAUGGAUUACAAGGAUACCCAUGUUACCACUGCUGUCCGUGGCACAAUAGGACAUAUAGCUCCAGAGUACCUCUCUACUGGAAAGUCUUCAGAAAAAACUGAUGUUUUCGGGUAUGGAAUUAUGCUUCUGGAGCUAAUCACUGGGCAGAGAGCUUUUGAUCUUGCUCGGCUUGCCAAUGAUGAUGAUGUCAUGUUGCUUGAUUGGGUAAAAGGACUUCUGAAAGAGAAGAAGUUAGAAAUGCUGGUUGAUCCUGAUCUUAAGAACAAUUAUGUAGAAUCAGAAGUAGAGCAGCUAAUCCAGGUUGCCCUGCUGUGCACGCAAGGCUCUCCAAUGGACCGGCCCAAGAUGUCAGAAGUGGUGAGAAUGCUGGAAGGUGAUGGAUUGGCAGAGAGGUGGGACGAGUGGCAGAAAGUGGAAGUUCUCCGCCAGGAGGUGGAACUCGCUCCUCACUCCAACUCUGAUUGGAUUGUGGACUCAACAGACAAUCUACAUGCGGUUGAAUUAUCGGGUCCAAGGUGACAACGUUGUUGCAGCUCUCAAGUAAAGGAAGAAAAAAAAAGAAAAAAGAAAAAAAAAAUUUACUUACUACCUCUAUUUUUUAUUAUAAAAUUUUUGUUUCUUUAUUAGUCCCCUCCUACUCCAUGGAAUCCCUGUUCUUUCCUUUUUCUUUUCCUGUAAGUUUAUUCUGCAUUAUAUUCAUUACAUCUGUGCAUAUGAAUGUGUACGGUGAGGGGUAAGUUGUGUAUUAUCUGCUGCAGUUUGUUUGAACUUUGAUGAUGUUGUGGUGCUCUGUUUUUUGGCAUAGGGUAAUGCAGCUGUGGCACUUCUUUACCUUUUGUACA